GUGCCGAACCAUGCCAAGCCGCCGCGUCGCCGGCGGCGCCGUCGCAGGAGUACUCGUAGUUGUCUACGUUGGACCGUUUGUAUAUCACGCCAUGGUCCGGGCGUGUCUGUUCCUAGCAUGUGUCGCAGCAAUCGCGGCCCUGUCCAACCCCACCGACGCGUCGUUCGCCGACUGGCUUGCCACAGCGCACACUCCAAACACAUCCACGGCUGAAUCGAAAGCAUUACUAUCGUGGAUGCGCUCGGCGAUCGCGUCGUGGACAUGGACAGCGGAAGAUGCUGCGUCGUGGGUUCGCCACAACAUGGUCCUCUUCACGCUGGUUCAUGUUUCGUCCAUGGAGCGGUACGCCCUGGGGUGCUUUGGCGUAUGGAUAUGGUGCGAUUCGUCUUAUGCGCUUUCGUGGUUUGCCCGGCAGUACGGCCCGACCAUCGUGGCACUUACCCACGGCGGGUCGCCGUCUGGUUUGCAUGUCAACGCUUCCACAAUGCCCGCCACGGCGCCAUCGGAUUCAAGCGAGCACGCAGCAAAGGCCAAGGCGCUCCAAGCACAAGGCCAACAUGAUGCAGCCGCGGACGCGUACUUGGAGGCAGCCGCCGGGGCACGGAAUCUGUACGUGUCGGUAAACUACAGGCUGGACGCCGCUCGCUGUCUUGCCAAGUGCAUCGACAACCACACAUCGAUACAUCGUGUGGAAUCGUUGUUUCGUGGCGCGAGCGAGGAGUAUGCUUCGAAAGGAGCGUUCGACGAUGCGGGGCAGUGUCUCGUCGAACUGGCGGGAUGUUAUGCCGGUCAGGUAUCUCGCUGCAUCACGACCCACAACGUCGAGGUCGCCGACGUGUUGUUGGGUCGGCAAUCUGCGUGUUACGUUGAAGCAGCCCGUGUCUUCGAAGCUGGAGACCACGCGGCUGCCGCUGCUUCUGCGAAUUUGGCAGCUGCAGCCAUCUAUGCAACCCAAGGCAUGGCACUAUGUGAUACGAUGAAUCGUUGGAGAAUCCGAUGGCUACAAACAGCGUCGGAGCUGUACAAGGCGAUGGGGGUUCGCUACCGCCCGAGCUUGAUCUCGAAACAAGCCGACAUGCUCAGCAUUUGCUGCUACGUCGCGUUAGAUGACUUGGAACGUGCACGCCGCGCCUAUUGCACCUACGCUGAGACCUUGACGUCGUUUCGAGCUCCAGACCACCUCCUGCAUGGAAUCUUCGAAGCAUACGAGAAGUGGAGUCCUGACGUACUCGACACUGCAAUCGUCUCCUUCGAAGCGUCGGACGCCGCGCCGAUGGUAUCUUGGCAGUCUGUGCGGUGGCGUAGAAGCAAGCAUUGCGGGAGUGGAGAGCAAAACUGGAGACGGUCGACUUGACGUAACCACCAGAACAAGACGUGAACGAAUGCAACCGCACGUGCGCUACCAACCUUUUGCAAGGUGUCCGUCACAAGAUCGUUCGUGUUCACAUGGGCAUUGUCCUCCUCGACACCAGCAGUCAAAUGGCGAUGUAGUCAGCGAUGUAGUUCCAUGCGUGCAUCGUGUACAGUUUGUUUUCCCGCACUGCUAAGCGGCCCACGCGCAUGGUAGCCCCUCCAUGUGCAACAAACCGCGCCAAGAUCGCGCUUUCACAGGAUUGAAUGCAAUCCGGAUGUGAUUAUCCGGACUUGCCC